AUGCCGCCCGCUCCUCCUCGCAAGCCUGAGACAGGCGCGGCAAACAAGGAGGAGAACAUAUACAUCCCGUCUUUUAUCAGUAAAAGACCGUUUUAUGCUGGAGAAGAAGGCGACGAUAAUGACUAUCUCAAGCAUCAGCGACGAGAGGAUAAGAAGGAGUCAUCACAAUGGUAUGAUCGAGGUCGAAAGUCCGGACCAGCCGCGACGAAAUAUCGAAAGGGCGCUUGUGAAAACUGCGGUGCCAUGACGCACAAAGCGAAAGACUGCCUGAGUCGUCCUAGAGCCAAGGGCGCCAAGUGGAGUGGCAAGGACAUCCAAGCAGACGAGGUCAUCCAGGAUGUCAACUUAGGGUGGGAUGCUAAGCGAGACCGCUGGAACGGUUACGACUCUAAAGAAUAUCGAACUGUGGUGGAUGAGUUCAAUCAGAUGGAGGACUUGCGAAAGAAAUCACAAAAAGCGCAAAACGGUGACGAAGGCUCCGAAGACGGCGACAAAUAUGCCGAGGAAAAUGACAUGAGUAAACAUCAGAGCACGGCAACGCGGCAACUGCGAAUUAGGGAGGAUACAGCAAAAUACCUCCUGAACCUCGAUUUAGAAUCUGCGAAAUAUGAUCCCAAGACAAGAUCAUUGGUUGACGGCGGAGCGACAGGCGGUAAAGCUGCAGACCUUUUCGCUGAGGAGGGAUUCAUGCGAUCCUCGGGUGAGGCUGGGGAGUUUGAAAAGGCCCAAAGAUAUGCUUGGGAGGCACAAGAAAAAAGCGGCGACACAUCACAGCAUUUGCAAGCAAAUCCCACUGCUGGUGCAUUCUACCGAAAAAAGGAACUGGAGGAGGCGGAGAAACAGCGUGCGGAACGCGAGCAACAACUUCUGGAGAAGUAUGGACAAAGUGAUCAGAAAGCCAUGCCUGCGGCGUUGCGUAAUAUGAUGGUCACCGAGUCUGAAUCAUAUGUGGAAUACGAUGAGGCUGGAUUGAUCAAGGGAGCGCCGCGGAAGGCAGCCAAGUCAAAGUAUGCCGAGGAUGUGUUGAUCAACAAUCAUACUUCUGUAUGGGGCAGCUGGUGGUCAAAUUUCAAAUGGGGAUAUGCCUGUUGCCACUCAUUUGUGAAGAAUAGUUACUGCACUGGCGAAGAGGGGAAAGAAGCCUGGGAAGCAGCUGAACGACAAAGGAGUGGCGCAAACUUGAUUGAAGCUCCAGAGGAGGCAAAGGAGGAUGACACCCAAACGGAAGAACCCACAAAAGAAGAGCCGUCAGGGAUUAACGCGAAGAAGCGCACCCGGGAGGAAAUGUUGAACGGCAUCUCGGAAGCAGAAUUAGACGAGUAUCGGAAAAAAAGAGCGGCAGCAGAUGAUCCUAUGGCAAAGCUCCUAGGCAAGGACGAAUUACUAAGCUAG